AUGACAAUCCCAACUCACCGCACCCUUAGGGAAGUUACUUGGUCAAAAGUGUUGAAUCCCCUUGAUGCCAUUUGCGAUGUCAAACGCCCCAACGCGAUUUGCGUGAAUCAAAUGAAAUACGGUCAAAAGACGGACGACGAUGUGCUCAAAGAACGUCCGGAUGUCAAAAUUUUCUUGCCUUUCAGAUUUCACAUUUACAAUGUCGAAGAUUUGUUCACAGCGGGACAAUAUCAACGAUACAUGGUUGCAAGUGAUGGCGAUCAUCUAAUUUCCCUCAUUGACGGGAUUUCGUACAAGAGUCCCUCGUCGCCAAUGUUGUCCCAAAUCGAUGAUAUUCCGCCCGAGUCAUUUUGUCACGGAGAUAAUUUGCCGCCGAAUUGCACGGCAGAUUGUACAUGCACGCACAAGAUCGACGUUCCGUUGAAUGCCAUCGUUGAGGUUGUCUUGGUCGAUGAAGUUCAACAAGCAAACAUCUCGCAUCCAUUCCACUUGCAUGGGCAUUCGUAUUACGUGAUUGGCGUCGGCAGAUCUCCCGAUAAAAAUGUCAAGAAAAUUAAUUUAAAGCACGCCUUGGAGUUGGACCGGAAAGGAUUGCUGCAUCGGCAUUUCCAACUGCCACCCAUGAAAGAUACGGUAGCGGUGCCAAAUAAUGGUUAUGCGGUGUUGCGAUUCCGUGCCGAUAAUCCAGAUCCCAAACUAGAUCAAUCGACGGCGUCAUCGUGGUGGCGACCCGCCGUUGGAACACCAAAUCUCUUCUCAGCGACACACGGUGUCGUCCAAACACACCCAGCCUUAGGUAGUAGUAUUCCACAUGCCGCUAGUCCAUCGCCAGCGACGUCGUUGCGUGGCUCGCUGAGUGUCACGCCACGUCCUGGCACUCUGACGCCCGGCGGCAAAUCGCCUUUCCGUCACUUGGACUACUCCAGUAGUGCGACAGCGGAACUCCGACGAAACCCAAGUUUAUCGGCUCCGGAUGAGUGCGCACGUGCCUGCCGCGAAGGCGAACCACCAAGAAUCUGCUAUUACCAUUUCACACUUGAGUUCUACACCGUUUUGGGAGCUGCUUGCCAAUUGUGCCAACCAAAUGCCACAAAUACCGUUUGGAGUCAUUGUCAAUGCGUGUUGGCCGAUGGUGUGGAACGUGGUAUCUUGACGGCAAACCGUAUGAUUCCCGGACCCAGUAUACAAGUGUGCGAGGGCGACAAAGUGGUGAUUGACGUCGAAAAUCACAUGGAAGGCAUGGAAGUGACAAUCCAUUGGCACGGUAUUCACCAACGCGGCACACAAUACUACGAUGGCGUGCCAUAUGUCACGCAAUGUCCCAUUCAACAGGGCACGACAUUCAGAUAUCAAUGGACCGGUAAUGCUGGCACCCACUUCUGGCACGCUCACACUGGCUUACAAAAAGUCGACGGUUUGUAUGGCAGCGUCAUCGUCAGGCAGCCGCCCUCACGUGAUCCCAAUUCGCAUCUCUACGACUUUGACUUGACGACGCACAUCAUGUUGCUGAGCGAUUGGUUGCACGAAGACGCCGCCGAACGUUAUCCAGGUCGCUUGGCUGUCAACACCGGUCAAGAUCCCGAAUCCAUGUUAAUUAACGGCAAAGGGCAAUUCCGUGACCCCAACACCGGCUUCAUGACAAACACACCGCUGGAAAUUUUCACCAUCACCCCAGGACGUCGCUACCGUUUCCGCAUGAUUAACGCUUUCUCGUCCGUUUGUCCGGCACAAGUUACCAUCGAAGGACACGGCUUGACGAUUAUCGCGACAGACGGCGAACCGGUGCACCCCGUGCAAGUUAAUACAGUUAUCUCAUUCUCAGGUGAACGUUACGACUUUGUGAUAACGGCAGAUCAACCGGUCGGUGCCUACUGGAUCCAAUUGCGUGGUUUGGGCGAAUGCGGUAUCAAACGUGCUCAGCAACUGGCCAUAUUGCGUUAUGCUCGCGGUCCAUAUCUACCUGGUUCACCGCCACCAACGUACGACGUCGGAAUUCCUCAGGGUGUGGUUUUGAACCCCUUGGAUGCCCAAUGUAACCGUCAACGAAACGACGCCAUCUGCGUCAAUCAAUUGAAGAACGCCAAGGAAAUCGAUCGUGCCUUGCUCCAAGAGAAACCAGACGUCAAAGUGUUCUUGCCAUUCAAGUUCCAUUUGUACCGCGUCGAAGAUUUGUUCCAGCCCAACACUUACAACAGAUUCUUAGUCGCUCCAACUGGCGAUCACGUCAUCUCGCUUAUCGAUGAAAUUUCGUAUUUGUCGCCGCCCGCCCCGCUUUUGUCCCAAUACGACGAUAUCGAUCCCGAGCAAUUCUGUAAUGGCGAUAAUCGUCCAGCGGAUUGCGGUGCUAAUUGCAUGUGCACACACAAAGUUGAUAUUCCCUUGAAUGCCAUUGUCGAAGUUGUUCUCGUUGAUGAAGUACAACAACCGAAUUUGUCGCAUCCCUUCCAUUUGCAUGGUUAUGGCUUUAAUGUUAUCGGUAUUGGUCGAUCUCCGGAUACCACUGUCAAGAAAAUUAACUUGAAACACGCUUUGGACUUGGAUAGACGUGGAUUGUUGCACCGUCAAUACAACUUGCCGCCAUUAAAAGAUACGAUCGCUGUGCCAAAUAACGGUUAUGUUGUCCUUAGAUUUAGAGCUGAUAACCCAGGAUACUGGCUCUUCCAUUGUCACUUUAUGUUCCACAUCGUCAUCGGCAUGAAUUUGGUGUUGCAUGUUGGAUCUCACGCAGAUUUGCCUCCAGUCCCUCCCAAUUUUCCCCAAUGUGGCCAUCACCUGCCUCCCAUCAUAAAGCCCAAAUAUUCAAAUACCUUUGCUCCAACUGGUGAUCACAUCAUCUCCCUCAUCGAUGGAAUCUCCUACGUGAACCCCCCGGCACCGAUGUUGUCCCAAAUUGAAGAUAUUCCGCCCGAACAAUUCUGUAACGGAGACAAUCCCAUCCCGAAUUGCGGUCCCAACUGCAUGUGCACUCACAAAAUUGACAUCCCCUUAAAUGCCGUCGUGGAAAUCGUUCUUGUCGACGAAGUACAACAAGCAAACUUAUCUCAUCCAUUCCAUUUGCAUGGAUAUCCAUUCAGCGUUAUUGGCAUUGGUCGCUCUCCGGACAAGACAAUUAAGAAAAUCAACUUGAAACACAUGCUCGAACUCGACAGAAAAGGUCUCAUCAAGCGUGACUUCAAAGGACCCCCAUUGAAAGAUACCAUCGCUGUCCCGAAUAACGGUUAUGUCGUUUUACGUUUCAACGCCAACAAUCCCGGUUACUGGUUAUUCCAUUGCCAUUUUGAGUUUCAUGCCGUAAUUGGAAUGUCCUUUGUGCUGCAAGUGGGAUCGCAUCACGAUUUGCCUCCCGUGCCCGAAGGUUUCCCCAAAUGCGGGCAUCAUUUACCGCCAAUUCGGGGUUUGCAUGACUGGGACUUUAAAAAAGCCUAA